AUGUCAAAUAUAAGCACUAAUAACCAACAUAGACACUUGUGCAAUCAUUACCACACGCAACCCCAACAGUUCAAUUAUAUAAGUCAACGACAGCAAUCGCAACAGCAACAGCAACAGUGGCAGUGGUAUGCGUCUGAAAUCCGUCCGAAAAUCGUCCAAGUGACCGAACAUUCAGUUAGUUCUGCCUUGGCCGAAGAUGGAUACUAUAUAGGCUCUACUAUUGGUCAGGGUUCGUACAGUAAAGUAAAAAUGGCUUUAAAGUUGCAACCAGAUCGGACAAUGAAACGAGUGGCAUGUAAAUUGAUCGACAAACGUCGCGCAUCCAAUGGGUCGUAUAUACGAAAAUUCUUACCAAGAGAACUCGAAGUUUUACGUAUCGUCCGACACCCUAAUAUAGUUAAUACGCACAAGAUAUUCAUCACGCCAUCUUCUGUAUACGUGUUCAUGGAUUACUGCGAAAAAGGCGACUUGCUCAACUAUAUUCAAAAAACCAGAGGUCUACCCCAAUGGCAAGCACAUUCUUUUUUUAAACAAUUAUGUGGAGCCGUGGAUUAUCUACACCGGAACGAUAUAUCGCACAGAGAUAUUAAAUGUGAAAACGUUUUACUAGAAAGUUUACGACACAUCAAGUUGACUGAUUUUGGGUUCACUCGAUUUUGCGUGGAUGAAAGAAGCCGACAAGUGUUAAGUCAAACUUACUGCGGGAGUUCCUCUUACGCUGCACCAGAAGUAUUACAAGGUAUCCCAUACAACCCAAAAUUGUAUGACGUAUGGGCACUGGGUGUAGUGCUGUACAUAAUGCUUGGAAAUGUUAUGCCAUAUCCACAUUCAGAUCGAAGUAAAAUUGUAGCUAACCAAUUAGCUAAGAAAUUAUACCAACCGAGAAAAUUAAUUCCUCGAGAAGCACUUAAACUUAUUGGGAAUAUACUUGAGCCCGAUGUCAAAAAAAGGGCAGUGUUAGGGCAAAUUAUGAAUCAUACAUGGUAUAAACAAAAUCCACUCCACAUUACCAAAGAAGAAUUUAAUAAUGUAAAACAACAUAACGUAUAACAUAUUAUACAUAUUAUGUAACAUAACUCACUAGUACAAGUAAUACAGAAUCUCAUUUUUCAUGAAAAGUCAAACAAUUUUAAAGAACUGUGACUGUUGCAAAAAAAAAUUCGAUUCACAGUACAAAACAUCUUAAUUAAUUUAAAAAAAAUUAAUUAUAUCGAAAAAUUUAACUUUUAAUUUCCUAAGUAUUUUAAAAUAAAUUAACAAGUCUAAAUUA